GUGAUCCGUCAUAGUGGUUUUAUUAACACUGCUCAACAGACGCUAGGUAGUACUCGUUCUGCGUGCGGGCCAGUGCAAUCGAGCGCGCGGCGCACGGCGGUGUGCGCCUGCGCAACUCCUCACUUUUAUCGCGUAAUAGAUAACUGCUCACUUGCAUUGUUAUUAUGUUUUUACAUUCGUUAAAUAAACGCGAUAAGAUUAAAAGUUCCUGGUCGUGUUUAUAACAGAUAAAUAUAUUACGUUUGAUUUUAAAAAAUGAUAACAUUUUUUUUCUAUAAAUAACGGCGUGGUGAGACUUAAAAACAUUGUGUUUUGUUUUUAUUGUGCUUAUGACGCGGGCGUCAAUAAUUAUCAUAGUGGUAUUGUAUAUAUUCAACACCUCAAAAUAAUUGACGUAUGUAUUAAAUUGUGUCGAAACCUUUUAUAGCGUGCAGUGUGAGAGCGCUGACGAGUGACAUCACAUGCGAGACGGCCGCCGGGGUUCAGUAAUUACAUAUAUGACUCAGCUCCCUAAAUCAUUUCUAUAAGAUUUGGAAGGCGCUCAGAUAUUGUGGUGUCUACGUUUUGGUUUUGAGUGCCCUCUAAAAUAAAAAGUGAUGGCGGCGGUAUGGUUGGUGGUAUUGGCGGUAGUGGCGGCGCUGUACGCGUUGGGCUCGCAGCGGCAUGGCUACUGGCGCGUGCGUCGGGUGUUGCAUGACACGCCACUGCCCUUCCUCGGCAACAACGCGCCCGUUUACCUGUUCCGGCGCACCGUCACACAGCUCGCUGACGACCUUUAUCACAAGUACUCCUCCGCAAAAGUUAUCGGCUUCUACCGUGCUUCGCGUCCUGAGCUCAUCAUUAAAGAUCCGGCUAUUAUAAAACGCGUUCUGACCACAGAUUUUGCUUGUUUUCACCCCCGCGGCUUGAACCCUAACAAGCAGGUGAUAGAGCCGCUGUUGCGGAAUUUGUUCUUUGCGGACGGAGACUUGUGGCGUUUGCUGCGGCAGCGCAUGACGCCGGCGUUUACAAGCGGCAAGUUGCGCGCUAUGUUCCCGUUGGUGGUGGCGCGCGCCGAGCGGCUGCAGACGCGGCUGGCGCACUCCGUCGGCCACCCUCAGGACGCGCGCGACCUCAUGGCGCGCUACACCAUCGAUUUUAUCGGUGCCUGCGGCUUCGGGCUUGAUGUCGAUGCACUAAAUGACGACGAUUCCGCCUUUAGAAAAUUAGGUGAUAAUAUUUUCAAAAUAGGACCCAGAGAAGCUGUACUAAUAGUGUUAAAGGAAGUGUUUCCGGAGACUUUCAAAAAUUUCAAGUAUUUACCUAAACUAGAGGCCGAAAUAAGAGAAAUGCUUCAUACUAUACUGAAGCAGAGGAACUAUGAACCUGUGGGCCGACACGAUUUUAUAGAUUUGUUACUGGAGUGCAAGAAGAAGGGCAUCAUGACUGGGGAGUCGAUGGAAAGAGUAAGAUCAGACGGCACAGCCGAUGUAGUCGCCGUGGAGUUCGACGAGGACUUGAUGGUGGCACAGGUCUUCGCUUUCUUUGUGGGCGGAUUUGACACGUCGUCGACAGUGACCAGCUACGCGCUGCACCAGCUUGCAUACCACCCGGACGAGCAAGCACGGGUUCAGCAAGAGAUAGACCAAGCUCUCGCCAAACACAAUAAUCAAUUGUGCUACGACGCUCUUAAAGACAUGACUUACCUAGAGUGUGCGUUAAAGGAAGCAAUGCCUAUGUUCCCGCCGCUGGGUUUCUUGAUGCGGCAGAGCGCGCACCCGUAUACAUUUCCUGAGCUGGGGCUGAGCAUCGACGCCGGGGUGAGCGUGCUGAUCCCGGUGCACUCGUUGCACCACGACCCCCGUCACUUUCCGGAGCCGUUGGAGUUCCGGCCAGAGCGGUUCCUCAACCCGGAACAUGACAAGUUUGUGUAUCUGCCAUUUGGCGAAGGUCCUCGGGCAUGUGUUGGCUUGCGACUGGGACUGAUGCAGUCGCUGGCAGGGCUGGCGGCGGUGCUGGCGCGGUUCUCGGUGCAGCCGGCGCCGGCCUCCGUGCGCCGCCCGGUGGCCAGCACCGGCGCCGGCCUCACGCAGGCCGUCAAGGGUGGACUGCCGCUGAUAUUCCGCGAGAGACAGCGCUGAGCGUCACUCGCCGCCGCCGCCCGCGCCGCGACCUUCACACGAGACCGGUCGGGAGGUAUUAUUAAACCGUUUGUUGUAAACAUCCGUAACGUGCACUUUUUAUCAACGUGGGAGAUUAAAAACAAAAGCAAAAAAAUGUGAGUCUGUUUCGCAAUAGCGCAAUAUGUCCUCAUAUUUAUAUAAUAUAAGUACAUAAGAAACACAUUAUUAUCAAACUAGGUUUUCCUUGCGUCGUGACCCGCGUGAAAGAGUUUUCCGGGAUAAAAUUCCCACUAUAUAAUUUUCUGGAAUACAAAGUAGUCUAUAUUAUUCUUCUCAGGGUUUCAAACUAUCUCCAUAUAAAAUUUCAUCGAAAUCUAUUGGGUAGUUUUUGACUUUAUCGCGUUCAGACAGACAUAUGCGGCGGGGGACUUUGUUUUAUUUUAUACUAUAUUUUUAAGAACUUUGUACGAAAACAAUUCCAUCACACAUGUUUGUUACGUAAACGAUUAAAGGCUCCAAAAGGAAUCAAUUUUCCCCGUUUUAGCUACAUUUUAAUUAAUGUUUUGCUGUGUAAUUAAAAAUGUGAUAUUCCAUAUAACCUAUAAACUUCCUUGAUAAAUGGGCUUUACAACACUAAA